AUGGCGGCGCGUGGCCCGACGCGACGGCCAUUGCGGCGCGGGGUCGUUGACGUCGCGCCGCCGAUCUGUAAAGACUUUGAAAAAGUCGGUGCUACCAUAGCAGUCACACCCUGCGAUGUGGUGGAAGAGGCGGAUAUCACUUUCUCAUGCGUCGCCGACCCUCAGGCAGCUAAGGAGAUGGUGUUCGGCAACUGUGGCGUUCUCCACUGUCCAUCCUUAGAAGGCAAGGGCUACGUGGAAAUGACAUCGAUAGAUGCGGACACGUCGCACGACAUAGUUGAAGCGAUCAGUGGCAAAGGCGGCAGAUAUCUUGAAGCGCAAAUCCAAGGGUCGAAGACGCAGGCGGAGGAAGGCACGCUGAUCAUCCUGGCGGCGGGCGACCGCACGCUGUUCGACGACUGCCAGUCCUGCUUCAAGGCGAUGAGCAAGAACUCCUUCUACCUUGGUAGCGAGAUCGGCAACGCGUCGAAGAUGAACUCGGUGCUGCAGGUGGUGUGCGGCGUGUCGCUGGCGGCGCUGGCCGAGGGCCUGGCGCUGGCCGACCGCGCCGGCCUCAGCCAGGCCGACCUGCUCGACGUGCUGGCGCUCACGCCGCUCGCCUCGCCGCACCUCAUACUCAAGGGCCGCGCGAUGAUCGAGUCGUCGUACUCGACGCACCAGCCGCUGACGCACAUGCAGAAGGACCUGAAGCUGGCGCUGGGGCUGGGCGACGCGCUGGAGCAGUCGCUGCCGCUCACCGCCACCACCAACGAGAUCUUCAAGCACGCCAAGCGCCUCGGCUACGCCAACCACGACGUCGCCGCCGUCUACAUACGCGCCAGGUUC